UCGGAUUAUGGAGGCAGAGUUUUGAAGCGAACUCGUCUAUUUCUGUUAUCUUCUGCUGGGAAUGUCCAGCGCUUCCACCCUCAGUGCUGUUUGUUUGGAAAAUCCCAAAAUCUGAAAAGUUUCUCAGGAAACAAAUUGCGACAUUCUGAAGACUGUUUCACAUUACAUGUAACUGCAAAUACUUAUUUUCUGCAAAUUUCCACAUGCGUUUCUGACCGUCGCCGAGUGCUGCCGAGGAACACUGACAGUGGCGUUACAGAGACAGAAAUUAUUCAAAUGAGCUGAUAAAACGACGGUAAGUUUUGUUGCAUGGACACCCACUGCACUUGCUUUGUAUAUGAGAGUGGAAAAUGAAGUCGCGGAUACCAAAAAGAAGAUUUAAACAUCAGUUUGGAGAUUAAACGCUUUUUAAAAUAGCAUUUUGCUUGUUUGGUAUUUAUGAUUUUAACGAAGCUAAAUGCAGCCGAAGGAGACCAGGAGGUGUUUGAUCCGCAUGACUUGAGGAUUUUAUCCUAUUGGGGUUAAAUGGUUCUGAUAACGGACAGCAGGGAUGGCGGAGGAUCAUCUCCAGGAAAAGUUAAACCACUUAAACAUGCUAAAAGCGCCCAGAUCUGCCCCACUAUCGUGGAGGAAUCACCUGAUCGCUCUGGCGAUAACGAUUAUGAUGAAUAUCUCGGCUCGGUCGAGUUGGACGAGGACUUCGAGGAGUUGGAUGACUUCUCGGACCUGCCGGAUACCAGGAGCAUCGCCUCAGAUGACUCGUUUUAUCCACCGGACGAUGACUUCGCUGACUCGGAGAGAACCCCUUCCCCGGAGAGUCCCGCUCCGCUGUCCUUCUUUCAGGCGUGUUGCAGCAACAACGCGCUCAUAGUGAAACUCAUGAUUAGACAAGGAGUCACGGAGGAGGAUGUACAGGAGACGGACAAAAACAAUAGAACUGGACUAAUAGUGGCAUGCUACCAAGGGUACGUGGAUGUGGUGGUUGCUCUCUCCCAGUGUCCUCACCUGGAUGUGAACUGGCAGGACAAUGAAGGCAAUACAGCCCUCACCACCGCUUCUCAGGCGGGUCACAUCACAAUCACUAACUACCUUCUCAACUACUUUCCCGGGCUUGACAUCGAGAAGAGGAACUGCCAUGGAUUCACCGCUCUGAUGAAAGCUGCUAUACAGGGUCGAGUGGAAUGUGUCAGAGCCCUGAUGCUGGCAGGAGCUGACAUAGAUGCCAGAGACAAUGGGCGGAAGUUCACUGCGCGAGAGUGGGCCGUCUUUACAAGCCGCUAUGACACUGUGUCCGCUAUGACGCGGCUGAUGCAGCAGCCGUGCGCGGAUCAGUUCUGCGACACCUAUCGGUCUGAGUGGCCCCUUCUGCCUGCACUGGUGGCCAAAGCUCAGGCGCCGAAAGGCUGCAUUCAGAAAAUUUCAGAGACACUACGUGACUUCUUUGACAUCAGUAACGUCAGCGAGGCUUCGGAAGACGGGGUCCUGGAUCACAUGGUGCGUAUGACAACAUCCCUGGGGAGCCCAUUCAUCGCAACGGCAUGUCGAACGGUGUGUCCCGGCAGCCCGCCCUGUGUGGGAAAACGCCGGUACUCUGUUCAGGAGAUACUAAGAAAACAACGCAUCGAGCAGCUGAAAAGUAUGGGACCCGAGCGCCUCGAGAACUACAAACGCCUCUUCCAGAACUCCCGCGUCCAGCUGGUGGUCAAAUCGAAAGAUCGUCGUGCGAGCCUGCAACCCCAGGCCCAAUCAGACGGCUCCUCCUCGUCCCCCCCGGGCAUCCGCAGGGCCAGUCUGCUCCCCUUACACCUGCUGAGGAGGAGCAGCGUUAGGCCAGGGAUGGUGGUGCCCAAGCUGAGGAUUACCAAGGCACCUACGUCAACCUACGUGCCGGAGAAAGUGCGACGGAAAAGCAGCUGUAUAGAAGAGCAGUUCCUCCAGAUCCCGAAGUGGAGAUACAAAGAACUGAAAGAGGAGCGAAAGAAAGCAGAGGAGGCGGAAAGGAAAAGACUGGAGGCCAUAACUAAGAGACGACUCACUACAGGCAAAAGGAAAUAAGUGUGUGCAAACACACUGCUCAGCGUUUUAAACUUGAAAUGCAAUUUUGAUGAUGGAUUCAAAUUUAUUUGACCAUUUAUUGUUCUAAUUUUUAUAAACUUAAUUGCUUCUCAACUCUUUUAACCUCUUUAAAAUAGGGUACAUUGAAGGAUUUACUGUAGGACAGCUACUCUAAUCCCAUUUCAUGUGUUCGGAGCUUCAGGAAAACAGCUCCAGAUCAGUUUAUGUGGGUACACUACUAAAACCAGAUGCUACUUUAUGUUUACAUUCUUAAAAUAGGGUUCUUUGGGUUUUUAGAGUAUCCGAAUGCUAGCAUUGUCUCAGAUUUAACAGUAGCAUUGUGAAUGUAUUUAACAGACAUACUUUGUCUUUACCUCAUUUGUGAACUAACAUUGUAGAUAUCGAUGGUAUUUCAACCGCAGAUCUGUCUGAAUUUGCACACCUUUCAGGGACAAAUGCUACAGACAAUCACCAGCAAGUAAUGCACCGCAGAAAAAGAGGUAGUGAUAUAAUGGAUUUGUUCUGUACAUGUAUUUUAAUAAUUAUUUAUACUACUAAAGCACUCUAAGUUCAUUACUCUUUUAACAAAUGGUAUUUGCAACUAUAUGGGGAGAGUGGGGUAAGAUGUGUCUUGCAAAGUAAAUUAUUGGAAUUUAUUUAUCAAGGGCCCAACAUACACUGCUGCCUGUGAUGGAGAAGUACAUUUAAAAAAAAAAAGCUAAACAUUUCUUUGCAUGUCAAAGUAAAUAAUUAUAUAUGAAAGAAAACACAAAUGUUUACAGGUUGAUAUAUCUAACAGUAUAUAUAUAUACUGUUCAAAGUUUGAGAUGAAUGGGACUUGUUUUGAAGAAAUUAAUAAUUUCACAUAGCAAGGACACAUUCAAUCAAUCAAAAGUGACUGAAGAAUUUUAUAAUGUUACAAAAGAUUUCUAUUUACAAUAAAUUAUGUUCUUUUUAACUUUUUAUUAAUAAUAUAUAUAUAUAUAUAUUCUAAAAUAUAAUUAUAUUUCAUAGUAUUACCUUUUUGAUUAAAUAAAUUGCAGCAUUGUUGAGCAUAAUUAUCAUUCAUCAAAUAAUUCUAAAAACAUUUUGUAUCAAGGUUUCAACAUUGAUAAUAAUAAAUAAAUGACAGUAUUACUUUAUACAUUUCUAUUAAAUAAAAGCAGCCUUGUUGAGCAUAAUAUAAUUCUUUAAAAACAUUUUUAAAAUCUUACAACUCAAAAUUUUGUAAGUCUUGAAUAUAGGUCAAUUACUUGUGUUAAAAAAAAAAAAACAUUAUUUAGCAUAAAAAUUAGCCAUGAAUUGUUAAACCAUUUUCCAAAACAAGCUGUGGAACCAGGGGUUCUCCUAAUAUUGAAAAUGAACUUUGCCUUCAAAUAUAGGAAAUAUUGUUACUAAUAAUAUAAAUACUGAAAAUUAUUAUCAAAUACUCUUAAUAUUUAACAUUAUGCUAAAUAUUGGGAAUAUUUAUUUCCCAAUUUCUUUUUGCAGGAGGUAUCUUAAGUAAAAAGUGGCACAGCUUAUCCCACUCUCCUAUAUGAUUUAUUUCAGAGCUGGAAACAGUCCAUCCAAUUUCAAACAUAUCACAACAAAUCUCAGGUAUGAAUGCUUCUGUAUGCAGAAAAGUACAAUGUUUAAUUAAACAUAGUGUAGUGUUAUCUGUUUGAAAUAUUCCUCUCACUGAGCGUCCCAUCAUCUCAACAGCACCACUGUGCCUCGGACUACACAAAACACACACCACACAGCUGACUUCACAAAGACUAUCUUAAAAUAACACUGUUUACACUACUCUAGGUUGUAACCCAAAAGUAAUGACCAUCAAUGCUUGAAAAAAGGAUCUCAUUGUAUCUUUUGAAUAAAAACGACUUUAUAAAUCCAAUGUGUGACUCCAUUUGUUGAACUUUGAGCAGGAGUAAAGGUGAAGCACACACAUUACUAAGCUAUUGAGGUCACCGGCACAAGGGACUUAUCAAUCCUGCAGGGUCAGCACUUGCUUCAAGAAAACACUGUAUGAAAAACAAUGAAGUGCCCUCUGCUGGAGAACCAAAGCACUGACGUGGGAUCUGUGGCAGCACUGAUAGCCUAUCAAAGACAAAUACACUGAGAAGGCCUGAAUGUCACAUAGACCCCAUGGUUUGGGCCACUCUGACCAGGCUUCAAAACAAGUGCUUCAUUUCCAGAUACCAUGCUGUGGAAAAGUAAAAACCUUGACCUGUAACACAACAUUUCGUAAGGGUUUAGCUGCCACUCAUGCCUUUGAGGUUCACCUUGUCCGAGUGGGAACAGCAGGUUUGACCAGCUGGUCUGCUAAUGGCACGUAUGCAUAAGUCUUGCUGCUUUGGGCCCAGAACAUGCUGUGGGAACACUCUGAAGUUUGUGGCAGCUGCUGGCUCUUAUCAACACCUGAGAGGAACACAAAGUGAACUUAGGGCUGGAGAACAUGAGAUAAUGAAACGGAGGGAGAGUUUGGUGGCUCAGCACUGCAUGGCUGACGGGCUUUGCCACUCUUAUUAGUUCAUACAGCAUGAAAAGUAGGCCGUGGGAUUACACAUGAACUUUUACUACUGAGCUGAGUGCAUGUUCUUAUUAAGAUCAUUAAUAAUAUUUAAUAGGACGAAAAACACACAUGGCAAUCGUUUACAUUUUUAUUUAUUUCAGCGCAUGCAAUGCGAGUAUUGAAAUUCCUCUACUUUUACUCUCCAUAAAAUUCUACAAUUCAGCUCAGAUUGUGGUCAUGAACAGCUCAAAAUGGCAUUAGACAUAGUUUCGAAGAUAAUUUUAACCUCCAUCGUGUUACUUUUUCUAUUAUCUUGGAUUCAUCAAAACACACACACACAGCAAUCAUAUGGUAAUUCUAGCAUGACUUUUUAUUUAAGCAAACAUUGAAAUUCCUUUUUUAAACUAAAUCAAUUUAUUCUCCAAAAAAUUCUGAAAUGUAUUUAACGCAAGGCACACAGAUUCCCUAUUAGAGUUUUGUAAAUGAUUUCAGCCUUGCAUGUUUGUGAAAGCAGUGAUAUUUCCAUCAGGCAUUGCAACUCUAUCUUAUGAUUGUGUUUUCAAGAGCAAAAAGGGCGUGUGUGGUUUUAUAUUAACUCUUUAUUCAGAUAGCCACACCUAGUACCUAAUGCCUAAUAUACAACAUUCACCGACUUCAAAAGAAGAAGAAGAAAAAAAAAAAAAGAUUCAUACAAUUUACAUCUCUCUGGAACUAUUUAUG